AUGAAUAACUUAAAAGACAAGGAAACCAAAAAAAUCGAUUUAAAUUUCGCUCUCAUAGAUUAUGAGUCAUCAUCUGAGGCAAACGGUGAAGUAAAUAAAGACCCUAUGUCUAUAAUAAAAAAAUUACAUAAACAAAUGUUUUAGGAUUAGACCUAGGAUGUAGUAGUUGGAUAUGUGAAUACAUAUAACAAAGAUAACCUAAUUACAGAAUUACCUUAUUUAUUGUAAUAAAUGGAAUACAAGCAAAUAUAUAAUUAAAUAAGAUAAUAAGUUUUAGUCAUUUUUCACUAUAUUGGAGGUGCUACAGAAACUGUGCCAAUUACAUUAAUUAAAAAGGCCAGAAAUAGAUAUGGACAAAACCCAAUAGAAGCAAAUUAACCAAAAGAUUAUUACGUGUCGACUAAUAUGGAUUUGAAAUAAGUUAGAAGGAACUAUUAGGAGACAGUCUAAUCAGAAGCAGAGCCCUUUAAGAUUAAGGAAGAUAUUCAAAAUGAUGAAAUCAAUAAAUUAUAUUACUUAUGCUUGAAGGAGUGUGAAGCUAAACAUUUAAGAAACUAUUUACAGACUAAAGAAUAUCAGCUAGAAUAUUUUAAAUUUUAAUCAGAUGGUCAGAUGUUCAGAAUGAAUAGAGUGAAGAAAGUCUAAAAGUAAAGAGCUAAUGAGUUUUUAGUUUUGAAUAAUGAAAUAUAAUAAUUAAAUUUGCAAUAAAUGAUAAUGAAAUAGCAAUCUAUUUCUACUAAUACAACUCUGGGUUCUUAGUUUUUUAAGGUUUAUUUUAAAAUUCAUUACCACACUCAACCUGGCAAAGCAAUAUACAUAGUUGGAGACAAUAAAUAAUUUGGAAAUUGGAAUCCAAUAAAAGGAAUGCGCUUAUAAUGGAACGAAAAUGAUGAGUGGACAAUCUGCAUUGGGGUUGAUCGAUCUCAAUAUUAGAAAAUUGAAUAUAAGUUUAUAGUGAAUAACUUCGAUAAUCCGACCUUGUAGGAUCCGAUUUGGGAACCAGGGGAAAAUAGAGUUAUCACCACUCAUAUGAUUUAAAAUGAGACCAAAUCAGAAUAUUUUAAUUGUGAAUAUUGGGGCUAUAGAACAAUCAAAUUGAAGUUAAAUUACAAUUUAGCUUAAAAAUAAAGAAUGAUGGUAAUUGGCUCUAUAGAAUAAUUAGGUCAAUGGAGUCAUCCUGUAUUAAUGAAACCCUAAUAAAAGAUAGAUAUAUUGAAUGACGAGCCAGUUUAGUAAUGGUCUAUUUCCUUUAUUGUGGAUCCUAUGAAUUUUUCAUUUAGAUACUUUUAUGUAAUUAGAAAUGAUGAGAAUGGAUCAAUGAUAUGGGAGAGAGGUAAUGGACGAUAUCUGAAAUCAAGUGAUUUAAGAUCAUUUAGAUAAGUUCAAACUGUGUAUGCUAAAUCUCCUAUCAGAAUUAAAACUUAGUUAUUGGCAGCAUGUUAAAAUUAGAGAUUAUAAAAAUUAAAAAAUGGUUCAUUUUGUUCUGAUAAGCAACUAAAGAUUAAUAAAGAAACUAGUAUAGGUUAUUCUUUCUCAGAUAAGGAACCUUCUUUCUUUUAUUAUGAGUCGUUUGGAAGACUUAAUAAAUUGGAUUGGAAUUUUGUAGUCUAAUUUGCUAUCACACAAAUCAAUGAAAAUAUUAUUAUUGGACCUUAUCCUUAGAAUGAAUAGGAUAUACUAGUUUUAAAAUCUCAAGGAAUUAAGGCUGUCUUAAAUCUACAGACAAGAUUAGAUAUUUAUCAUCGAGGAGUGGAUUGGGAUGAAAUACAAAAUAGCUAUAAAAAAAAUGACAUUAUAAUGAAGAAUUUUGAAAUUUUUGAUAUGGAUCCAAUAGAUUUUGAAAGAAAAGCAUUUAAAGCUGUGUAACUAUUGAAAAAAUUAAUCAAUAACUAUGAAUUUGUUUACGUUCAUUGUACAUCAGGAAUUGGAAGAGCUCCCUCCCUUGUGGUAUUAUAUUUAUCCACAGUAUUACAAAUUCCAUUAAAUGAAGCAAUUUCAUUUGUAAAAAAAAAAAGAGAGCAUUUCUACAUUAAUCAUAAUAUGUUGAGAAAAUCAUUACAAAAAACUGAAAUAUUUAAUAAUGGUGAAGGAUAUGAAGAAAUCUCAGUAUUCAAUUAAUAUUAAAUUGGAAGCCUACAAAAAAUUUAUGAAUAGAAAUUUGAUUAUAAUUUACUUUAUUGA